UGAAAAAAUUCGUGCAAACCGAGUCUGCGCUGCGGCGCAUCGUCACUUCAAGUGCACACUUCAGUCUGCGCCGUGCUGAGAAACAAACGAUGACGCGGAUCACAAACUUUGGUCGAAAACGCACGCAUGUGCAAGCGGGUUUCACUGACGAUUCACCUGUCGAAGAACCAGGGCCACAAGCUUCAACGUCUACUCUACCAUCCGAGAGCCAGCCACACGCCGAUCAAGCUUCUCCAAAAAAGAAAAGAAAACGAACAAAGAAACCAAAAGAACCCAGUGACGGUAGCGGCGAAAGAGCUGGGUCGACUGAGGAUAAGGCACAGGAUGCGGAGGGUUCUGAGAAAGCCAAAGUUGUGCCCAAGAAGAAACUGAAGGAUAAACGGAAGCCCAAAGCUCGGCCAGAUCCUGGCCAACGUUCCGAAACGAGACGCCAGAAACGAAUCGCGGAGAGACAUGCAGAUACGACUUGUUUUGCAUGUCGCCAAAAAGGCCACGCUGCAAGAGAUUGUCCAACCACACGUAACGAAGCCCGUGCUGGUGGUCCGAGGAGACAAAGUAGUGUUGGUAUAUGUUAUCGUUGCGGUUCAAAUCAGCAUAAUCUCUCGCGAUGUAACGCCCCAGAAGACCCUCACAAUCCCCUUCCAUUUGCAUCGUGUUUUGUGUGCUCUGGUAAGGGUCACCUGGUAUCAUCUUGUCCACAAAACAAGGACAAGGGCGUUUAUCCAAAUGGAGGCUGCUGCAAACUUUGUGGCGAAACGUCUCAUUUAGCCAAGGACUGUGGACUGAGAAAGCAAGCUCAAUCUGGAACCGCGACUUUCCUUGGGACGGGGCAUGGUGCCGGUGCUGAUGAAGACGACUUCCACACGUUCAAGCGGCGGAAUGCGGACGUAGACAUUGAUAUAAAGAGAGACGAGAGAGCAAAGAAAAAGGCCGAUGUAAAGGUCGGACCACACACAGGAACGGUGAAAGCAUUUGGCUACUCCUGUCGGAAACUCUGGGAAGGUGAAGAUCGUUUACUUUUAAGUACCAAGAUCUCUUAUAGGCCAACUGAUCAUCGAGUUUGGUUUAUUUCGUAAGUUCUGUGACGACUUGGGUCUAACACCUGAAGCUAGCGUGAUCCAUCAUAUUCUUAUUCUUAUUCUUGCAAACUAUCAGGGGAACCUGCGCGGAAUCGAACUCGUACCUCUUGUGUCGAAAG